AUGACAGACGAGGAGAAGACUGUCACCAUUAAGCUCUACUGUUCCAAUGAACCGAGGAUGGUUAUCUCCUACAAGGACAAGAAGGACCUGUUCGAGCAGUACCAGAAGAAGAUGAAGCGGCUUGGUAUCCCUACUGACGACGUCUACUGGGCGGACUGGGAUAGCGACCGAUAUAAGGUCAGAACAGCAAGCGACCUACUUAGAGCAGUUGAGCACUGUACUCCUACGAAGUUGCACAUUCCCGGUAACUAUGACGACGAUGGCUGGCCAAUUUCUGAUGAAGAAGAUGAGGAAGAGGAACGGGAGGAGGGGAAGGAGGAGAGGAAGAAGAGAAAUCGAUCCCGUUCAGGACAUCAACACAAGUCUCCUUUCAUUAAGGGGCCGCUGGACUGCGACCACAUGCCAUGGGAUUUUGUUCCCUGGAACUUUGCCAUGGAUCCACGGUAUGGAUAUGGACCUGCCUCGUUCAAUUACGAUCCACCAACAGAGAAGAGUCGUCGAAGUCUACACGAGAGGAGGAAUCGCUACUGCUGCUGCAAUGGCAGAAAAUUCGAGAAUCUCUGA